AUUAUUUUAAAAAACUGCCGGUCAAACCGAAAAGAUCCUUUUGCUUUUCUAUUUUCUUAUUGUUUGCUUUUGUAAAUUACUUUCCUUUUCCACCGUUUAUUACAGUAUUUUAUAUCAGUGUCAAUAUAUUGGUAGAGUUUCUCACAGUAUAUUUUCGUUUUUUGCGGGAAGAGGUCGGUCGCUGCUCCUAGUUGCUGAUUUGGCGGCAGAAAUGGCUUCAUUAAAUAUCGAUGUACAACAUCUUGAACAGUGUCUCCUUAAUUACUCAAACAUCCUCAAAGCGAAAGCAGACACACUUAACAAAGAAAAAAAGAAGAUUCUAAUCGAAUUGGACGACUGGUACCAAAAUGAGCUGCCUGCUGCCAUUAAUGAAAGACAGACCAAAUGUAUAAAACAUGACGAACUUUGUAAAUUGAUGCAAUGGAAAUUGACCCGUGGGAAAUUCCGUCCCCGCCUCACAGAACUGGUGAAGAGUAAUGAAGCUGAACAAGUGGAAUGUGUGAGUAGCAGAGCUUUCAAACAACUGCCAGAUGUGAUUACAGCCAUGAAAACUUUGACAACAUUGAAAGCAGUGGGCCCUGCAACAGCCUCAGCAAUUUUGGCAGCUGUUCUUCCUGAAAAGGUUCCAUUUAUGGCUGAUGAGAGCAUGAUUUAUGCUCUGCCAAACAGACCCAAGAUGUAUACAAUUCCUUACUUUACGGAUUAUAUGAAUGCUGUUAGCAAUAUCAGGAAAAUGUUUGCAAAAUCUGAUUCCAAAACCAUCCAAACGAAAUGGUCGGCUCACCAAGUGGAACUGGCAUUAUGGGCUUCUUCAGUGGCCCUAUCUCUUCAUUUUCAGUUUGAUGUGUCUGUAAGCAAUGAAAAUAGUCACAAUGCCAACAGAGAAGAUGGUUCUCCUGAAAAGAAGAAAAAAAAAUGUUAAAUUUGUAAAUAAUUUUCUCUCAUGUUAUGUUUUAAAGAGAGAUAUUUCUGCUGUUUUUGAGAGAAUUAAAAUAUAAUAUUCUGUUGUGUCUGGGGAGAGUCAUUUUCUUUUUGUGCCUUAUUAUGUAACACUCACUGGUAAAAUUUCCACUUUUUUCUUAUUUU